AGAUCCGUCACCUUCUCCGCCGCGCUCUUCGCCGCCGCCAGAUCGUCCGUGAGAUCAGAUGCACCUCUCUCCUCCUCGAUUAGCCGCCCGCCGUUUCCGGAGCUCAAAUCCACUCCCCGACCAGGAAAUGAGGCCCCGCCUUUGGCUCCUCCAUCCACAGCCACCAAACCGCUCCUCUUUUGUUCGUCCCUCGCGAGAAACGGCGUCUUUUAGAUAGACACUGAUUCAUUGGAUCCCGACGAUGGUUUGAAUCCGAAAAGUUUACACUGAUCGCCACAGUAGAGAUGGGGUGCUUCUCUUGUUUCUCAUCGCCGGAGAGAAGGGGAUCAGGAAAAUUUAAUGAACCAAGAAUGGUACGGCCGCCUGAUGCAGAACCACCAUCGCCGCCUCCUGACAGAGGCAGCGAGUCCCACAAAACUCCAGAAGUUCCAACGCAGAGUGCUGCACCAGCUGCCACACCUGAAAUAACAACACAUGAAGAAGUCACCAAUGGAAACACUGCUUCAACACCUAAAGCAGCUGCCAAUGGAGAAAUUGCUGCCCAAACAUACACAUUUCGUGAGCUAGCAUCAGCAACUAAGAAUUUUCGCCCCGAUAACCUACUCGGCGAAGGCGGGUUUGGAAGAGUUUACAAGGGUACCCUUGGGGAUGGCGGUCAGCUUGUGGCUGUCAAGCAACUGGACAGAAGUGGAGUUCAAGGCCACGAAGAGUUUUUUGUUGAGGUUUUGAUGCUCAGCCUCCUCCACCAUCAAAACCUGGUCAGCCUAAUUGGAUAUUGUGCAGAUGGAACUCAGAGGCUCUUGGUCUAUGAGUUCAUGCCUCUCGGCUCGGUGGAAGAUCAUCUGUUUGAGAUUGGUCCUGAUGAGGAGCCAUUGACCUGGUAUAGUAGAAUAAAGAUCGCUGUUGGUGCUGCCAAAGGUUUGGAAUACUUACAUGAGAAAGCCAACCCUCCGAUCAUCUUCCGUGAUUUAAAGUCUUCCAACAUUUUACUCGACGAAAAUUGCAACGCAAAGCUAUCUGACUUUGGACUCGCGAAGCUUGGCCCUGUCGGAGAUCAAUUACAUGGUCCCUCGAGGAUAAUGGGCACAUACGGGUAUUGUGCACCGGAGUAUGCUAGCACCGGCGAACUCACUUUGAAGUCGGAUGUUUACAGUUUCGGAGUAGUAUUGCUGGAACUAGUUACCGGGAGAAGAGCCCUCGACACCACUAAGCCAAUGAACGAACAGAAUUUGGUAGCUUGGGCGCAACCAAUGUUUAAGGAUCAAAGGAACUACUGCAAGCUCGCUGACCCACUGCUCGGAGAGGACUACCCUGAGAGAGACCUGAACCAAGCCAUUGCAGUGGCUGCAAUGUGCGUGCAAGAGGAGGCUGCUGCUCGCCCAUUCAUGUGCGAUGUUGUCGUGGCCUUGGGCCAUCUUUCGGCUGCAACAGCAGCUGUCGAUGCGCCCUGCCAGCCUAAUCAGUCAAAUCCUAUGCGACCAGAUGAAAGGGAGCUUUAUCACAAAAGAGAUUUAAGCCGUGAACGAGCAGUUGCAGAGGCCAUGGAAUGGGGAUCUGCAUUUAAGGCUGAAGUUUAAGCGCGGUUCCACGACAUUGCUUCUCUAAAUGAUGGUACCUCGAAUGCAAAUGCUUCCUCAGAAAUCCAUCUUUUUCUUCUUCGUUGCUUCUUUUGGUGGACUCACUAUCUAACAGCUUCAUGUCACUAGGUAAAAU